AGAGAGAGAGAGAGAGAGAGAGAGAGAGAGAGCGUCACGGCUUACCUCUCCACUCUCUAUUGCCGUCUGCUAGAGAGAGGACUUACCGCUCUGCCUCUCUCUCACUCCCUCACUCGCCCUCACUUGACCCGCGCCUCGCCUCGCACUCACACGCUCGCUCGCCUCUCUCACCGAAGCACUGCAGUUUUGAGUCGCGCCGUACCUGUUACUCUCCCAGCACUCUCCCAAAACACCCUGUCUCUACUUUCCUUUGUGUUUCCUUCUUUCCUUAUUCCCUUCUUUAUUUCCUCUCGUCUUUAUCUAUAUCUAUCUUCAGUGCCUUUAAAACAGUUAAUUUCUCACCUUACUCUUCCCCUUCCUCUCCCUCACUCACUUCUUCCUCUUCUUCCUCUUCUUCUUUCUCCUUCUCUUCAUCCUCUCUCUUCUCAACGUGUCUAAAAACGUGAAAUUUCUGUCCAUUUUAUCUUUCUUAGCACAAAACACUCUUGCAUACUUUAGUUCCCCCUCGCCUUCUUCUCCCCCCGCCUCCUCCUUCACGCCCCUCCAAACAACAGCCCCACGCCCGCACGAGGUUUUCAAACACCAUUCGCUCCGUACUCGCUAACCUGAACGAGGAGAACCACUGUGUUAUUUCACCAAGAGUUCUACUGACGAAGGAAAAAUACUCGGGCAUUACAUUGGAACUCCCCGCUUCAUCAUCAUCCUCUUCCUCUUCCUCCUCCUGCUGAGUGAGAAGAGGUAAAAAAAAAAAUUCUUCUGGAAACUGGAAAAUUGUCGCCAAGAAUUUCACAUCUGGGAUAAUUCUGGAAGUGUUUUGUUUUUUUUUUUUUUUUUUCAUCUCGCUGCAAGAUCCUCAGAGUGACAGACAGGAGGUGCGGCUUUCGUCUUACCUUUUUCCUUCUUACCUGGCGAAGUCACUGGAGGGUUCCUGCGCGUGCCGACUACAGAGUGGGAGCGUCCUGACGGCAGUGCGCGUCCUUCCAGCCCUUUGAACUGGAGUCCUGAGGGUCCUUUGAAAACUUGUGAAGGGUCCUUUGUUCCCGCGUAGGACAUCUCUUGUUGGACAGCUCGCGGCCGCGGUUCAGGCACCAGCGUUCUGCUGCCGCUACUGCUGCAGACGGUGGUGAGGCUGCUGCAGGAAUCCCCUUGUACUUGACGCAGCAGCAUCUUCCUCCCGUCUCCCGGGGCACCGCAACGAUCCCCGGGGAGACCCGCGCCCACCAGGUCUCGCGGGGGGGCGAAGGCGACGCUGCCAGGGUCAAUGAAGGGUGAAUGAAGAAUGUGAAACGCAACACACCCUGACGCGCCUUCGGGGACACGGGGCGCCUCGCCUCUGACGGGGACGCCUCCCUCACUCUCGCCGCUCAUUCACAGAGCCUCCGCUAGUCUGGCCAUGAACGCAAGUGUGGGCGCGGCGCCCACGCGGCCUCCCGGCGCGGCGGGCUGGAACGGCACCACGGACGACCCUCUGUACGACUAUCCGCUGGCCGGCGCGGAGACGUGGGACAACGCCAGCGGUGGCGUCGGCGGCGGCGGCGCGACGAACGAGUCUGAGUACGACUACGACUACGAGGCGGCGCUGGACACGUUCUUCUGGAGCCAGCUGGCGCCGCCGCUGGCCGUGUACGCCGCCACCUACGUGGUGGGCGUGGCAGGCAACGGACUGAUCAUCUUCACCAUCUGCCGCUUCCGCCGCCUCAAGACGACCACCAACGUGUUCCUCGCCUCGCUCGCCUCCGCCGACCUGCUGCUCAUCCUGCUCUGCAUCCCCGUCAAGGUGAGUCGCCUCACGUCCCGCUGCGCCCCUUAAACCCGCCACACAUCUUCUAAAAGGGUGAUUUCCACAAGGCAUUUAACACCCCCAAUCAGCACAACUCAAUCCAGCCUGGCACCCUCCCCCCUCCACACCCUCCCACCCUCCCGAUCCUCCCGAAUCCCCCUCUGACGGCCCUCACGGUUCUCCCACCCUAACGACCCAGACGACCUUCCCAUCCCCUCCCGCCCUCCCCGAGACUGAGUCCUUCAGUUUACACACCCCUCAUUCAAGGUCACGUUCUCCGCCUUCCCGCCUUAUCAGUGCCAGUCACGAAAGCAAACUGUUGUCCUCCUCCUCCUCCUCCUCCGGCGUCUUAUCUUCCACCAUCUCCACCACCACCACCUCUUAUGCAUUAGUGUCUUUUUUGUCAUUUUAUUUGUCCUCCUCCUCCUCCUCCUCCUCCUCCUCCUCCUCCUCCUCCUCCUCCACUACAAUCGCCCCCAUUCUCAUCGAUGUCAUCUUUGCGUCAUUUUCCUCCUCCUCCUCCUCCCACCACCUCCUCGCCUUCCACCACCACCACCACCACCACCCCCUUCAUUCGGUGUAAACAGGCAGAGUAAAUGAAAACAAAUCUUGUAAGCCAAACGCAGCUCCUGGGAAGGCGCCGCAGCAGCCCGCCUGAGCCCCGCCCCACAUACACAAACCAGGGGGUCGUUAAACACAGCGACAGAGAG